GAUGACGAAGGAGAGGAAGAGGAGGAGGAGGUGCUGGGAUGCUGAUGCGAGAGAGAGAGCUCGUACGUGACAACAUCGGCGGCCGAACAAUGGAACACAUUCUCGCUAUUUAAUCCAGCCUUUUUUGGAUUCAAAGGAGCAAGGAGACAUUUUGUGCGGAAGGAUUUUUUUUUUUUUUUUUUGGGGGGGGGGGGAUGAGCCGAUUCGUCAAGGCUCUCGGUUGGCCUUAUUGAGUCUUGGACACAGGUGGAUUUCCGUCGCAAAAAAACAAAAAAACCAAAACAAACAAAGCUCCAAACGUACAUAUCACCUACGACGACAUCCGCGAAUCGGCUGACAUUAACGCCGAGUUUUUUAAAAAUAUGUCUCUAAGGACUUGGAUGAGGGACCAUUUGGCCUGGUAGCGAGCUAAUAGGCUAAUUUUGGCUAGCUCGACAGCUAGCCAAUGACAAAGAAGCGCUGGGAUGCUGGAAAGGAGGAGUUAAUGUUAUUUUUCCCCCCUCCAAUACCUUUCAGGAUAAACGCUUGACAAUCCGGUAACAAUGGUAGAAAAACGCCUAUGUGACCACACGUGUCUGUCUUAAUAUCGUUUCGUUCCGCCCCCACACUGUCAUCGCUUUUUGCUAAUUAGCUCGCGAAGGUAUACGAUGAUUUUUAACCGGCUAAGCUAAUGUUGACAAAGCAUUUGUAAGAACUCCAUUUAAUUCGAGAUGCAGUUCGCAUUUUUGUUUUUGCGGGUUCGGUGCCGAGGUGUUAUUCACGUCGUUUUGGUUCCAUUUCCCGACUUAAAGGUUUGACGAUGUUUGGGCUGAGACGGCGAGCUUUGGGAAAAUCCAUGAGUGGACCUGCCAUACCCGAUAGGCACCAAGUGAGUCAAACCGGAUUAAAGAUUUGAAGAAUUAAAUAUGGCUCCGGUAAAAAUGAGUUUGACAUCAUCAAAGACGUUUGUUAGAUGUGGUUGCCGACCUGUCAAGUUAAAAAAACUAUACUCGACAAAUGUGUAAAACUUUCCGUCACCCUCAACUUUUCCACACGCAAGAAUGACGCAUCAUCGUUAAGUUGUAUUCAUGCAACUUCAUUGAAAGUAUGGCAUUUAAGUUCGGUUUCGAGAUAAGGCACCAGGAGCCAAAAUAAAUGGAACCCACGGUGGUGUCGAGCCCUUUGGGGCAUGCGCAGUGGGAGUCGGAGCAAGCGUUUCCUCUUGGAUUUCUCACCCUGGAUUCCGACAAUGGAGGUGUGCUGUGUCAAAACAACAGUGGUCAGACAGGUUUGCAUUUUGGUGACCCCAAUCUGACAUCGCAACGAAGUGAAAUGGACAAAGGCUACCAGGAUGCGCCAGUAGAGUUGGAUAAACUUUUGUACAUUUCUGAUUAUCCCUGCGGAGAUUUGUUUUUCGAUGAGCGUCACUCCACUGCUUCUGAGACAUCACCUCAAUCGGAAAGAAACAAGGAGCCUGAUGAAACCAGUGACUUCAUGCUCUCGUGGCUGUUUUCUCCUAACCUCACUGAUGUGGUAGGGAAAAACUUUGCAUUUGACGAGGCCUCUCUUGGGGGCAACAAUGCCCUCAAUGGACAGAGUGAGCUAAUAAUCAACAGUCAUGCUACAAUACUGUCUUCCCAACAGAAGUGGAAUUCUGAAUCAAACCCAGCAGAUUCACUCAUUUCCGUUGAUCUCCUCUCAGAUGAUCAGGCUUUUGUCGCCUCAGAGCCGUCGGGCGUGUCACAUGGUGUCAGUGCAGGACUGGUAGACCUGGCACAGGAGGAGCAGAGCAGGGCUACUUCGUCAUGUGAAACUGGAGACAAAGGUUUAUUCCCAGAUCAGGUGACAACUCUGCCAGUAAACAGUAGCUUGACCCCGCUAGGGCUACCUGAGAGCAGCCUCCCACUUUACCACAGCAGCACACCACUGGCGUGGCCUCAAGGAGCUUUCUUGGAUUUAGAGAGUCCAGAUCUUGACAGUGGCCUGACCGCUCAUCCCGAUCAUCCAACAGGUGCACAGUUAGAGCUAACCCAGGAUUCGGACGUGGAACAUGCCGCCACUACAGUAUUCAGGACUUUAGUGCUACAAGACGAGAGUGACUCUUCGCCUGUGAUUUUGUCGCCGACAGGUCCUCCGGCUGAUGAUGCCACCAUCCAUGGUGAGCUCAGCUGUGGGAGCUUCUCUGUGGAAAGUACGUCAAAGGAUUUGAUGGAAGGCAAAAUAUGCUCCGUGGCCGAGCAUCAAGCCAGCGCGUCGAUGGUUUUGGAUUUGUGCUCGGCCACUGAUGGGGUCCGCUGUGAGGAAACAUGGAACUGGAAGGUACAGGAGGGAGUGCAUGAUGGAACUGCUUCUGAUGCGAUGACAGAACAGAGGGAAGAGGGGCAGUCGCCGUCUGUUAACCAUCACCAGGAUUUUAAUGUUCUGGAGUUGAGCAGUUGUACUGAGGAGACUAAAUGGACGAGUGAGCAAAGUGUGGAAACUGUUUCCCACUCUAAGAUGGUGGGAGAUGAUUCACUGCCAAUGGUUUCAGCUCUGAAUACAAGAGAGGAAGAUGCCUCCCCUCUGAAAACUGUAUUUGAUGCUUUAGACCAGGACGGAGAUGGCUUUGUUCGCAUUGAGGAGUUUAUGGAGUUUGCUGCUGCCUAUGGGGCUGAUCAGGUUAAAGAUCUGACCAAGUUUUUGGAUCCCAGCGGCCUGGGAGUAAUCAGCUUUGAAGAUUUCCACCGAGGAAUUUCUGCUAUCAGCAAUGGAGGUCCGGAGCCACAGCUGUACAGUGCAAACUACAGUCCAGGCGACGGAGCAGUGGGUUGUCCGGAAGAAUACGACGAGCAAAAUGAGGUGACAGACAGCGCUUACCUGGGUUCAGAGAGCACGUACAGCGAAUGCGAGACCUUCACCGACGAGGACACCGGUGCCCUCGUGCCCCCUGAGAUGCACGAGGAUGUGGACACGGACAGUGGUAUCGAAGCGGCACUUCACGACCCCGAAGAGGCCAUAAAUAGGUUCUCCCUCAACUCGGCGCUGCACAACCCCUCCCUGAUGACGGUCAUCGGUGGCGAGGAGGAGCAUUUUGAAGAUUUCGGGGAGAGCAAUACCUCAGAGCUUCUGCUGGAGAGCGGCGAGGAGGGCACUGAUGGCAUGGUUGAUUGCCCUCUGGCACAGAUGCCUCAGCAGAUCGAUGUCUCCUCUCUGCUCUCUCCCAGUGCACCCGUUCCUCUCCCCGACUGCUUUCAGAGCUUCCUCAAGGAGGAGGCACUGGACUUUUUCUGUAGCCAAUGUCACAAACAAAUAAGUCGCCUGGAGGACCUUUCCACUCGCCUCAAUUUCCUAGAGAUGACUAGUGCUGGCAAAAGGCUGUCCAGCAAGAAGGUGGCAAGGCAUCUUCUGCAGAACAGCUCAUUAACGCUGGACACGGUGAGCGACCUGACCCGUGACAUCCUGGAGCUGGCUGACAAUGACAUCACAGACAAGAUGCUCCUGCUCGAGCGUCGCGUGGCGGAGCUCGAAAAGGAGUCAGAAACUUCGGGGGAGCAACACGCGCGCCUGCGGCAGGAGAACCUUCAGCUGGUGCACCGCGCCAACGCCCUUGAGGAGCAGCUGAAGGAGCAGGAGCUGCUCGCAGACGAGCAGCUGCAGCACGAGAUCCGGCGCCACAAAGAGGCUCUGAGCAAGCUGGAGAGGGAAAGAGGGCUGGAGUUGGAAAACCUGCAAUCCAGAUUGCAGCAGCUGGAUGAGGAGAACAGCGAGCUGAGGUCCUGUGUUCCUUGUCUACGAGCAAACAUUGAGAGACUAGAGGAGGAGAAGCUGAAGCUCGAAGAUGAGGUGGACUUAAUGUCCGACAAGUGGCAGGAUGAGAUGGAGAGCCGGCAGAAGAUGGCCGACAAGCUGAGCCAUGAACAGCAUCAAAACCAGAAGGAGAAGGAGAGCACUCAAGAACUGAUUGAGGACUUGCGUAAGCAGCUGGAGCACCUGCAGUUGUACAGGCUGGAGGCGGAAGCAAAGCGGGGCCGCUCACCCAGCGCAGGUCUGCAGGAGUAUCAGACCCGCACCCGAGAAGCAGAACUGGACCAAGAGAUCAAACGACUCAAACAGGACAACCGGAGCCUAAAGGAGCAGAACGAUGAGUUGAACGGCCAGAUCAUCAACUUGAGCAUCCAGGGAGCCAAGAGCCUGAUGUCUGCUUCCUUUUCCGACUCCCUGGCAGCUGAGAUCAACUCUGUGUCCCGCUCUGAGUUGAUGGAGGCCGUCCACAAACAGGAGGAGAUCAACUACAGACUCCAGGACUACAUUGACAAAAUAAUUGUGGCCAUCAUGGAGUCGAAUCCCUCCAUGCUAGAGGUCAAAUAGGCACCAUCUGCAUGAGGGGAAAAGAAAAGCCACACAGUGACCUCAUCAUCUAGAAUAACAACACGUAAUCAGACACAAUAAUAGAAGAUAUUUAGAUUUGUGAGUAUGCGUGCGCAUCAGGUGCUCCUCAGGUUCUGUUGACUUCCAUGUGUUUUGGCCAGAGGAACCCGAGCCCGGUGAAUGAACGUGUGAAAAUUAAUCAUCCCGCAGCCCCUUCAUCCCUAAGGUUUUUCCUUCAAAAGAAGGACUAGGCAAAUGUAUACCUUGAAGGCCUUAAACGCAGAGGUGAUCAAAUGUAUCUUGCGUACCGUACUCGCCUCAGUUGCAACUGGAAUUGUCGGGAUUUGGACCGCUGUCUCUACCGCUGCUGACUCGUGGUGUGAAGCACUGGUCAGCUCAGUUUUGGACUUUUUUUGUUAACCCAAGUGAAGGAUAUUUCUUGGGGAUGAGGAUGAGAGAGAAAUGCCCAGCAUGUUUUUGUUGUUUUGUGUGUGGGAUGUGACUUUUUUUUUUUUUUUUUCCUAAUGAAGGACCUGGGUGACUUAUGAAUUGCAUCUUAUUAUUAUUUUUUUUUCCCCCCCUUCAAUGAAACAGGGUCCUGGAGCUCAGGUGGGCUGGAAAGUGAGAACGCACGCCUUUAUUAUCAUCAUUAUUAAAAGGAAUGAUAUAUAUAUAUAUAUAUCAGUCUUUGCCAACCUUUAUUGAAUCAAAGCACAUAUUUGACAUAAGACAAACUUCACAGCAUACCACCAAACAAAUGUGCCACAAAAAUAACAAAUUAAUUAUAUACCUUCUGCCAUCUAGUGGAAGGACAUUUGGUUCUGCCCGUCACGCUACGUCGGGUGCAUAGAUAGAUACAAGAAAAAUACCAUAGUUUUAGUAAAGAAAUACGAAUUUUCGGGCCAAUUGAGUGAAAUUGGAUAAUUUCCUGCUCUGAUUGGUAAUCACUGACAUGGAGUACUGACAAUGAAACACUCCCCACCUGGUUCCAGUGUUCUCUUGCUGAGUGAAAGGGUUUUUGUUGUUGUUGUGAAUUAUUGUCAAUGAAACUGUUGAGACUGAAAAGAUUUUUAUCUGGUUAUAUGUGACGAGUAUGGAAAACCAUGUGAGCAUUUCUCAAUAUCGUUGAUAUCCAGCUGAAGGUGAUCAAAGGUUAUAUGAACUAGUACGCUCUUUUCCCCCAAUUCAAUGCGCAAGUAAACAUUUAUUUCCUUGACUAGUCCUACUACUUUGACCUACUAGUAUGCUGUUAAACCGUACUAGUGAACUGAGCUGCCAGCUAGUAGACGUGUCAUGCACUUGUAGCCUCCUUAUCAAGACCUGCUAGUGUGUUGGAGUAUAAAUAAAAGCUAGUGUGCUGCGAAUAAAUGCUCAAAUUACUUUCUUGCAAGCUGUUAGAGCAUUUAUCCGAUAUCUGUGAUCAAGCUUAAGGUCCAUGUACUAGUACCUUCUUUGUCCUCACAAGUAGGACUGUGUUGGUGUACAAGGAGGACAGCUACUGUGCAUGUUACUAGUGAGGCAAAACUGCACCAGUUGGCAACUGUGCGUGACACAUGCCUAGUCUAGUUGGGCCUAAUAGUGUUACUAGUACAGCACAGUAUUUUACUAGUGAGGAAAAAAAGAGCAUAAUAGUACCUGGACAUGAAGAUGAAUAUCAACACUAUCUAAUAAAUGCUCUUUACAGAAAGCCGUUUGAGCAAUUAUUCAAACUCCUCGAUAAGAACGGGGGACUAUGCCUACUAGUUUGCCCUAGUAGUGUUACUAGUGCAGCACAGUAGUUUGCAAGUUAGGACAAAGAGCGUACUCGUACAUGAACCGAUAACAAAGAUAAUGAUUAAAUGCUCAAACUGCUUUUAUACAAGAGUCUAAUGGUUGCACUUUGCACAAUUUUUAAAAUCAUGUUGUUUUUGUUUCAUUGAAUGGAUCAAAAUGGCAAAAUGACAAGUUUGUGGGAUUCAAAGCACGCUCAGGUGUGGGCUCAUGCAAUGACCAACCACCGAGGCCAUCAUAACUGCCACAUUUAAUCGAAAAUACUUCGCUAAUGACAAGUUUUCGCAGUCACGUCUCACGGAUUACGUCACCAGGUGGACUCAGUGGACUAGUCGGGAUGAUGCACGGAGCAAACCUUCAAGCGUAAUCUGCUUUUUUAAAUUUUAUUUUAUUUAUUUAUUUUUUUUUUUAUAUGAAAAACCCACGUUGCACACCAAUGCUGCAUUCUUCUGAAUUUUGAAGGACAAUUGAACAAUGGAUCCAAGUAUCAGAUCUUGACGGGGUGAAAAAAAAAAAGAAAACGAAAAAACUGUCCUGCUUUGCUUUCUGCACAAAAGGUUCUCAUGCUCACUUCUUUGUCACUCACAACUCUUCACCUGCCACUCCUCGGAAUAUGGCCUUGGAUGUAAAUGACUUGUAAAGUUUUUUACUACGCUCAUUCUAGAUUGUAGGUAUUUUUUUAGCCAGAGGGGAACAACAGCAACAACAAAAAUUUAUUUUCUCAUCUUUUAAGGUGAGGCUGUCUGUAUUCCUUUCUAGCAUGUAGCGUGUACAGUUCCCCCCCCCCCCCCCCCCCCCCUCAUUCUUUGGAAUCACACAGAUAUUUAUUCAAUAAGUGACACAAAGACAACACACUUGUUAUCGUCUACAAAAAUGUUUCAUCUUUGUUUUGAGGUGAUAUUAAUUCAUGGUGACUAAGAGAAAUGUACAUAUCAUCUCAGCUCGUGCGAAAUAAUUUGCUGCGAGAGUUCGUUAAUCGAGGUAUGCUUCUGUAUAUUAUUGUGACCGCACGAGGGUCGUUCUUAGAUAUACAGCUUCUAGAGUCGUCUUCCCGUUUUGGAGUCAGGUACUGCAUGGAAACACUGAUUUUCAUUGUAUUCUUACCUAUUCAAGCUACUGACAGAACAUGAACACUUUGUUUUCUCACUUUUAGUGUGAUUGGAGCUGUCCCCUCACUUAAUUAUUAUUAUUUCUUACAGCAGUGGUUCUCAAACUGUUAACACCUUAUUUUUUUUAAAUUCAAUUAAAUUGUGUUGCAUAAAGGUUCAAUGAGAUUCAAUGCAGAUGUGUUGUACUAAAAAGUUAAAUACAACUGAACUGUAAUCAGACAGUGAUUAUUUUGUGUACCACUAAGAGGAGGCCGCAUACCACUUGGGGUACCAGUAAUACACUUUGAGAAUCACUGCUUUACCGUUACACAGAAUCAUUCACGCUUUACAAAGAGGAAAAGUCUCUAAAUAUUGAGCAUGAGUGAUGGUUGGAGCACUAAUGCAUUCAGAGAGUAACGUGCAACUUUCCCUCUCUCUUUUUUUUUUUUUUUUUUGCAGAGAUGAUUGCACUUUAACCACAUUUGAUUGUUUUUGACCAAAUAUGUGCUAAUAUAGCUCCAGUUCAUCUGAUUCAACCAAAAAAAAAAAAAAAAAAGUAUCACUCUGCUAGUCUAAAACACUGUGCCUGUGUUUCAAACUUUGCCUCUAAACAAACCUGAUAGGAAAAGCACUGACCACACCACAGCAACAUUGUUAAAUUCUCAAUGAUAAAAACCUUUGCUGUAAAUAUGAAUUGUCAUUUUUUGUGGAUUUUACUCCCACAGUUACUUCCAAUGUCCAAAGAAAUUUCCAGGCACCACCAUCACUACAAAUGUAGUGCACGAGUUGCCAUUUAUUGUAUGACAGGGGGAGAUGAAAUAUUGUAGAAAGAAAUUGUAAAACAUAUUUUGAGAAAUAAAUGUACAAAUUAUAACAGUAUUGGUUAAAAUAUUUUAUUUUUAUUUUUUUGAAUAUCCCUAUAGAUCCAAUUACUAUUGGGGUAAAUAUGAUUUCAGUCAUUGUAAAAAGACAAAUUAUAAAAGUAAGCAGCGAGCAUACGAGUAGGAAAAUAAAAGGAAUAAAAUAAU